CUAUUUUUCUUUUAUUGAUAUGUUAAUAGAAUUACAAAGGUCAAAAUAGUGGACAUUACAUUUCAAAACAGGAUUUUAACAAUUUUGGUCGAUAAAAGUUACGGAUUAUAUUGAAACAUGCAUUUAAUUAGAUUAUUAUACAUCACAAUCAUGAUAUUUUACACAAAUUCAACCUCAACCUUAGAAUACUUUUCAUAUGAGAUAACAUUUCAAGAGAUAGCACAGGAAUGUCGGAAUGAAGGUGGUCUUCCAGUGUUCAAACAAGAUUCAACAUUUGACCUUAUUUCUGAUACCAGUGCCAUUCCAGUGGGUCGGGAGUUCUGGGUUGGCGAUAUUUUGUAUACUGACUGGAUCUAUCCUUUAGAUUGUGUCCGCAAGUCUUCAAUUUACGAAACCAGUCAAACACCAAGAACCACAAAUAGAAUAUCCGAUUGUUAUCAGCAUUGUUUUGAUUAUCCAGUCUUUGCAAUGCAGCGAGGUUAUUGUGUGUGCCUAGAAUCAUAUCAGAUGACUUCAGUUCCGGUUCAAAGUGAAUGUACAGAUGAAUGUGACGAUAUUGGUCUUUGUGGUAGAGGGGGUUCAAACAGCCAAAGUUAUGUUUCUGUGUAUAGAACUACAGCAGAUGUAACCAAUAAAAACAUCUAUGUUAAUUAUGACACCUCCAUGGGAGCAUCAUCGUAUGUGGAAUGCUUAACUGCUAGGUGCCAGAGGAACGAAUACAAAGCUAUGGAUUGUUAUUCUGGACCUACAAAAGUAGCACUAUGUGAAACGGGUGAUGUUACAGAAGAAGGGACAUACAACAACGGAUUACUAACCUGUUCACAAAAGGUUGGAUCCUAUUUAUCUGUUUAUCAGUGUCAUAACUCAACCACUCGACUAGCAUGGAUUGGGCCUUUCAGAUUUACGUUUACUCCGUCUGAUGGCAUGAUACCAGGAUUACGUAUUGCUAGAGGUGCAAAAUGUGUAAAAGCAAACACGGGAAGUGUCAGCUGCAGAGAGACGACAGAACAAAUAGACCUGCCCUUUAUUUGUUCAAUAGGAACAAAUGAACUACAGCCAACAUCAACUCCUCAACCGAUAAAUACGAGGGAAAACAAUGAUGGAGAUUCAAUCACAGGAAUUAUCAUUGGGUGUGUUGUUGGAGUUACUGUUGUGUUUGCAACUGUUAUCAUAGUUGUUAUUUGGAGAAAAAAACAAAAAGCUAGUAAAGAUAGAUUAGAAAUAGACAAUUUAGAGGUGAUAAAUACGAACGCACCGAACGAGUAUGAAAUACCAAGAAGGGAGAGCAGAGUAUAUGAUCAUAUAUAUGCUCAGUCAACAGAGGUUUAUCAUCCAUAUCUGGACAUAAGGGACAGUUCAGUUUCUGGAUAUAAUGGAUAUAAUGGUCAGAAUGGACAAGUAACUUCCACGCAGGAAUCAAAUUUUCGGCCAGCCAGUUUACCCAACGAUACCAAACGAACAGUUGAUACAAAUGAUAUAAAUAUCUCAACUUUAAAUUUAGGAACAAAUGAAUAUAUAGAACCAGCUAGAACUCCUAACUUUGGUAGGAAAUUGCCGGACAUACCGUUGGAUCAGCGUUAAAAAUUACCGGACAUUCCGUAAGGCCAGCAUUUACAAUUGCCGGACAUUCUAUUGGACUAGCGUUAACGUCAACCAGUUUGGUUUCAAGUAUAAACAAUAUGCAUUUUAAUUACCAGAUAAAUUAACAUGAGUUUGUUGUACAUGAGCCAAUUAUGAUUUUUUUGCUUUUUUGCCAACCGUUGCAGUCAAUUCGUAAUUGAGUCACUAACUGUUCCUUGUAUAUGUGUUCACAUCUUGGUAAAUAUGGAUCGCCAGCUGAUUGUGUGGCAAGUUGGCAACAGUAUAAGGCCGAUUUCAGCAUCCUGUUAGAAGGUUUAUAGAAACGGCUCAAUGAAUAUAAGAAAGUGGUUAGAAGGAUUUGUACAUUCAAGACUACUGUCCUAUUCUAAAAAUGAACUCUUUCGAAAAUUUACAACAAAAGAGAUGAUGUUUUGUUCCAUACUGUCAUUUUGUUUAAUUAAUAUAUUGUUAUACUGCCUUUCAUUUUUAUUUAUUAAUUCAAAUUUUUAGCCUAGUAGAUAAAUUGAUUUUUGUUUUAUAUCUAUCACUUAUUUUAAAUUUCAAAUUACUUUUACUGCUGUUGACUCGCUGUCAGGUGACCCAUAGAGGCGCUUGCCAUAUGGGCUUCUGAUGGUUUUGUUGUAUGUUUUAUAUGUGCAUGAUGCUUUGUUUUAUAUGUUAUAUAUGUUUUUUUUCUAUUCGGUAAAAAUGUCUUAUGUUUGUAUGUUUUC